AUGGUGCAAUCGCCGAUGAUAUCGUGUCCGCUCAAACAGACAAACGAGAUCGAUUGGAUCCAGCCGCUGAAGUCUUACAUUAGGCACACAUAUGGCGAUGAUCCUGAGCGGUAUUCUGAAGAAUGCACCACCCUGAACAGGCUCCGACAGGAUAUGCGAGGUGCGGGCAAGGAUAGCGCCACUGGACGAGACCUUCUUUACAGAUAUUAUGGACAGCUAGAGCUGCUUGACUUACGAUUUCCAGUCGAUGAAAAUCACAUCAAGAUUUCGUUCACAUGGUACGAUGCCUUCACACAUAAAGCUACUUCCCAAUACUCUCUGGCGUACGAGAAAGCUUCGAUAAUAUUCAACAUCUCUGCUGUCUUAUCGUGCCAUGCCGCAAACCAGAGCCGGGAGGACGAUACGGGCUUAAAAACAGCGUACCAUUCAUUUCAAGCCUCCGCCGGCAUGUUCACCUAUAUCAACGAUAAUUUCCUCCAUGCGCCCUCCACUGAUCUUAGCCGAGACACUGUCAAGACCCUAAUAGCGAUCACGCUAGCCCAGGCGCAGGAGGUCUUCCUCGAGAAGCAGAUUCGCGAUGAAAAGAAGCCUGGGUUCCUGGCGAAGCUAGCCAGCCAAGCAGCCCAUCUUUAUUCGCAGGCUAGUGAAGGGGUUCAGGAGAAUGUCAAUAAAGGUACAUUUGAGAAGGUGUGGGCCACCCUGGUCCUAAUAAAGGCGUCCCAUCUAUCUUCAGUUGCGGGAUACUAUCAGGCAAUCGCAGACGACGAAACCGGCAUACACGGUAUCUCCAUUGGCCGUCUGAGGCUGGCAGAAAAGCAAUCCACUUCUGCUGUUAGCUUGGCUAAAUCAUUUCCUUCUUCCGUGCCGUCGGGAUCCAAUCUAAUAUCAGAAACCGGCUCGAUGUUGCUAGAGAUUGUUCGACGCCACCUCGCCAAUGUCCAGGAGAAAUGUGUUUCAUUCGUAAGGGAUAAUGAUUUUAUCUACCACCAACCUGUUCCUGCGGAAGCUGCGUUAUCAAUGAUUGCCAAACUACCCGCCGCCAAGGCUAUUCCUGUGAGUGAGCUAUACCAGGGACAGGACAUACAACGAAUUAUUGGCCCAGAUAUUUUCCAGAAGAUCGUGCCAAUGUCCGUUACCGAGUCUGCUAGUCUAUACGACGAAGAAAAGGCCAAACUUGUGCGGGCUGAAGUGGAAAAGGUGGAAGCUGCCAAUGGCGAGAUGGCUGCUAGCCUUGACUUCUUGAAAUUACCGGGCAGUUUGAACAUUCUAAAAGGUGGCAUGGACCAAGAAACCGUUUGUGACGACGACUUUCGGUCAUGGUGCGAAGAGAUUGCUAGACGUGAGCCGUUCCGCGGAACCUUGGACGAUUUACAAGAGGACAAAAUCACUCUGCUUAGCACUCUUGAACAAUGCUCUAAGCAGCUCGAUAUGGAGGAGAUGGUCUGUGAAAAGAUGCGGUCCAAAUAUGCCGCUGAUUGGACUCAGCAACCAAGCUCACGACUCACCUCGACCUUGCGAAGUGAUAUUAGGAACUAUCGGUCCACAAUCGAUGAGGCAAGUGCCAGCGAUUCUCAGCUUCUGGUUACUUUACGACAGUAUGAGGCAGAAUUUAACGAUAUGCGUACUGCUGGGUCAUCAGGGGAAGUGGACGUAUUCUUUCAACAGGCCAUGAUUGCUGCGGGCUCGAAAUAUGGAAAGUCAAAAGGCAACAGUCCCUACGCUGGUGCUCCUGAGGGAAAUCUCCUAGAUGAGGACUUGAGUGAAGGUGGCGUAUCCAUGUCGGAGCAAAUCGCAAAGGUUGAAGAGCUGUUGCGGAAAUUGAACCUUGUUAAGAGAGAUCGAACCCAGACCCUGAAAGAUCUAAAAGACAAGGUCCAUAAUGACGAUAUUUCCAACGUACUUAUCCUCAACAAAAAGUCGAUAGUCAACCAAGAGGACCAGCUCUUCCAGGCAGAGCUGGAGAAAUUUAGGCCUCAUCAGAAUAGGCUGCUCCAAGCCAACCAUAAGCAAACUGCCAUCAUGAAGGAACUGGCUAAAGUAUACGGAGAUUUACUACAAGAUAAACGUGUCAGGGCAGAACAAUCAAAAUACGAAACGCUCUCGCGCCAACGGAACAGUGUGGUGUCAAAAUACCGCAAAGUUCACAAAGUCUUCAAAGAGCUGCUGUCAGGCCUCGACCAGGCUCAGGCGUUCUACAUGCAAAUGAAGGAUACGGUCGAUAACCUGAAGAAGAAUGUCGACACGUUUCUCAACAACCGCCGAGCAGAAGGGGCCCAAUUGCUCAACCAAAUCGAGCGGGACAAAAGUUCAUCUAGCCAUGAGGAUCGGGAACGAGAGAAGCUAAAGCUUCUCAUGGAACGACUAUCGAUGGAGCCAGGCUCCUCGUCGCCCUCCUCAAUGAACCCCAGGCCCGGCGCGAUCAAGGCAUCCUCCUCGGCGACGAGAUCAUCACCCAUUUCCCCCCGCCAUAGCACCGCCGCUGUAAUCGGCGGACAAACCCCCAACCCCAACAACCAGAAACCCGCCAAUCUGCUCUAUCCGACCUACCCUCCCGGAGAACUCGCCGCAUCGGGCGCAUACACCACCUCCCAGCCGUACCAACCACAACAACAACAACAACAUCAUCACCCACAUCCAACCUCCGAAGUCUACAACCCCAUGUCCUACUUCUACCAGACCCCCACCUCCCCGCCGCCGAACCAGCAGUACUUCAACCCCGGCGCCGCAUCGCCGUUCACAGGCUACGCCGGCCAGCCGCCGUACCUGCCGCAGGCCUAUGUUCCGCCGCCACCGCCGCCGCCGCCGCCGCCGCCACGACCGCACCAGUCGCCGUUGACGUUUAACGGCGCGGCGGCGUACGCGGGCCCCGGCGGACCGGCAGGCUAUGGGCCGGGACAGGCGCGGCCGCCCAGCCAGCCGCACGGCGGGCCGAAGCGCCCGGCUUCGACGCAGAAUGCGAAUGCGCUCGAUCCGUGGGCGGGUCUGAAUGCUUGGAAAUAA